UCAGAGAAAGAAUAUUAGCACAAGAAAAGGCAUCACAUUAAUAUCCGCUUUAAAAAUUAUAUUACAAUAUAGAAUUUGCAGUUAAUUAACAAUAGCAGUAUGGAUUUUAAAAUACUGGACUCUAUACCAGACUUGGCUAAGUUUAAAUCUUUCACAGAUAGAUAUUUCAGUAAACGAUACAUAUUAAAUGUGGAGGGGAUUAAAAAUAAUGACAUAAUGCUAAUGUUCCAUUCAAACAGGAUAACUCUUCUCUCUUUAGCCCCAAGCCAUUAUUUUUUUAAGAAGAAUGAAAAAUUUAAAAUAAAUUUUGAUAUUGGUAAAAUUGAUAGAUUAAGUAAUUCUGUGAAAGGUAAAGGUAAGAAAGGUGGACAGUUGUUGCUGCCAAAGUCAGUUAUUUGUAAGGUAGAAUAUGAUGAUGGUGAAAGCUUUGAUAUUCCAUGUUGCAUGAAGGGAACUCUAAUUGAAGUAAAUGAAGAACUAGUAAAACAUCCUGAGCUGUUGAAGGAAAUGCCUGAUUCCAAUGGUUUUAUUGCCAUAAUUUUAUCUAGUAUUGCAAUUUCUGAAGCAACAAAAAAUGAGUUAUUAUCGCAUGAAGAUUAUAUGAAAAUAAUUGCAAAUGAAGCCAGUAAGAAUUAAUAAUAAACUUUAGAUUUGAA